AUAAUCACUCUCAACCGAAUUAAUUCACAAGGAAACACCUCUCUUCGACCAAAUCACACAGUUACAGAAACCAUGGCUGCAGUUACUGAGGCCACAGCGAAGCGCUUCUUCUCGUCCCCCUUCUUCGCAGUUGUGGGAGCUAGCUCCAACCCCGCCAAAUUUGGUCACAAAGUUCAUGCCUGGUAUCUGAACCAUGACCUGCCCGUCACUGCCAUCAACCCAGCAUCCAAGACAGUCACGGUGAAUGACGAGGAUUAUCCCACAGUGCCGGAUGUCAAGUCGCUGCCGAAGCCGACGGAAACGUCCGUUUCCAUCAUUACUCACCCCGGCAUCACCCUCAAUGUCCUUAAGGAAGCCAAGAGCGUCGGCAUCCCUGCAAUCUGGCUGCAGCCCGGCACUUUUGACAAGGAAGUUCUAGAUUUCGCCCUGGCAGACGGAACUUUUGAGGCUGUCGUCUACGGAGAAGGAGGGCGAGGCUCUGAGGGUUGGUGCGUCCUUGUUGAUGGCGGAAAGGCUUUGAAGGAUGCUGGAAAGUUGUAGUGUAGCAUGGUAAUUGAGAUGGAUCCUUUCUAAUUGAAUCGCUAUCUGUUGUC